AUGACAGACUACCUCAUCGUCGGUGGAGGCACUGCCGGCCUUGUCGUCGCAGCGCGUCUCUCAGAAGAUCCUAAUGUCAAAGUGACGGUGCUGGAGAGUGGCCCCGAUCGUACCUACAACGAUCAGGUCCAGGAUCCCAAAAUGUGGCGGGCCCUCAGUGGUACCAACCUCGACUGGAAAGUGAAGAUGGCUCCAGCGGCCAAACUGAACAACCGCAGACUGGACCAUCCCGCUGGGCGUGUGCUGGGCGGAUCUUCCGUCAUCAAUGGAAUGGCCUAUGUCGCGCCUUCGCCUGCCGGUAUCGAUGCGUGGGCCAAACUGGGGAACCCCAACUGGACGUGGAAGUCGCUCAAGCCAUACUUCAACAAAAGCAUCACAGUCAACAUGCCUGACUCACUUGGCGAUUCUUUGGGCCCUCAGCCUGCCGCACAUGGCCCGGUGCAGCUCUCAUUCCCCGCCGUGGGUAAUCGAGACAACAACACUCUCUUGAACGCUUGGAACACUGCCUUCAAGAAUUUAAAAUAUGAAUUCAAUCCGAGCGUCCUCCCGGAGAAGCCUCUGGGUAUUCAUCCAUACGUCGCCACAAUCGAUCCCAAGACUGGACUGCGCAGCGGUGCGGAUCGCGGAUAUGGAGCUAUGGCAUCCGCUCGCCCAAACGUGACUAUUAUCACCAAUGCGACCGUCCGCAAAAUCUUGUUCAAGCAUGACAGCUUCACAGACGCAAUCGCCACUGGUGUCGAGGUAUCGGUGAAUGGAAUCGUUAGCACUUACAAUGCAACCAAAGAAGUCAUCCUGGCUGCGGGGGCUUUCAAUACUCCAAAGAUACUAGAGCAUUCAGGAAUUGGUCAGAGAGAACUUCUUCAGAAAUUCCGAGUCCCCGUCAUCGUCAACUCUCCCGGCGUGGGUGAGAAUCUUCAAAACCACGUCAUGUACCCGAUUCGAGCUCCUCUGAAGGAGCAUCAUGGAUUAAAGCACCUUUCACCUGGUAUGAAGAGUCUGGCCUUAGUCAGAGUCCACACCGUUGAGCAGAAGGUCUUCAACAAGAUGCAUGAGGAGGAAUUUGAAGGAAAGACAGGCGAGGUCGUGCGCUCACUCCUCGAAGAUCACAGUGAGCCGACAGCUUGUAUCGUCUUGAGCAUUGCAUCACCACGCCUGGCGAUGAUUGUGCCUAUUCUCAGCUAUCCACUCUCCCGGGGCAGCUGCCAUAUCAACGCGGCCAAUCCUUACACCAAUCCCACCGUGAGAUCAAAGUUGUGCAGCAAGCAACUCGAUAUCGAGUCUCUGGCUAAACAGGUUCAGGCUUGCUGCUGCACAAUCAACAGCCCAUUUAUGCAGCCCAUUUUUGAGAAAAACACCCGCGACCUCCAUGUUAUGAGCAUUGUCAAUGAUUUGUGUGGUGAGGCUCUCCCAGCACACCAUGCCUGCGGUACGGCUGCUAUGCUGCCCAAAGAAGCGGGUGGAGUGGUUGAUCAGAAUCUGAUCGUCUAUGGAACCAAGAACCUGCGCAUCGUAGAUGCCAGUAUCUUUCCCUUGAUCCCGCUUGCUAAUCCCUUGGCCACGGUUUAUGCUGUGGCUGAGCGUGCCGCUGACUUGAUCAAAGGAAGGACUAGCUACACGGAAUGA